UGUCGAAAUCGUCUCUCUCGCUCUCUCCCCUCCCGCUCUCUUUCCUCCCCCUCCCUCCCUCUCUCCCCAGGUGUUUUGGUGAGGACUCAUGCCUGUCCAUCCCAGACAUCAAGGCGGUGGUUAUGGUGCUGCCUCCCAGCGAGCCGCGGAUCACCAUCAGGGGCUCCAAUCGACUCGUCAGGCCUGCCUCCGACAUGCACGGCCCGCUGGGGGUGGCCCCCUUCAAGGACCUCCGCAUCACCAGCACCGUGGUCAAGGGGGAGGGCUCGGCGCUCGGGGGAGCCCACAGGCCGGGCGUGAUGGAGGUGAUGCAUAACCUGGACUACUGCGACAUCCUGGUGCUGGGGGAGGAGCUAAACCCCCAGAGAGAGAGCCUGGAGAUCCAGCGGAGCGCGCUGACGGGGAAACACCUGGACGCCACCAACUCCACCUCAGGCAUCUCCAUAUAUGGGGUGGACUCCAUGGCGCACUAUGAGCAGGCGGUGAGACAGGUGCGCUACAGACACUCCCAGCCCUCCACGCUGAGCGGGAGGAGGUUCCGCUUGACGUGCUCCGAGCUCAACGGUCGCUACACCAGCAACAAGUUUAAUAUGGAGGUCGGCGUUCUCCACCACACAGCGCCCGUGGAACACGUCAAUCACAUGGCUGCCCAAUCCCAGUACCUCAGACCGGUGCAUCAUCCCCUCAUGAUUCACACGCUCAACUCGCAGAUGCAAGCAGCGCCCCCGGCCGCCACGGUUGUGAUCGUGGUGUGUAUCGCCGCCCUGGUGGUCAUCGUGGUGCUGGGCAUCUACAGGAUCCACACCACGCAGCAGGAGUCCCGGGACGACGAGGACGAGGGGAAAGACCAGGACGUGGAGUGGGACACCGCCUCGCUCACCAUCACCGUCAACCCCAUGGAGAACAUUCAAGGACCCAAGGCAGCGAAGGAGGAGGUGAGAGGAGGGGAGUAUGAAGAGGAGGAAGAGACGGGGGCAGCCACUAGCGCUGAGUCGGAUGACAGUGAGCAGGACGAUGAUGAGGAGGAAGAGGAGGAGGAGGAGGAGGAGGAGGAGAGAGAAGCACAGGCCGAGAGGAAGAGCAGACGCAAGACUGAAUGGGACAGCUCCUCCUCUGUGAGAUAUUGAUCAGGGGAAGGCAUAGCUGAUUUAAAAGGAAAUAAAAAACUAAACAUGCACACACAUACUCACUCGAACCCCUCUAGAGAAAUCUGUUAAAAUCUGUUUGGAGUGCAGGAUGGUGAUUCAUUUUUGUUGUGCAUGUUUUCUAAUGAAACAGUGCACUCUGGUGGGAAAAGGUGGAACUAUGCGUUACACGAGUAAACGUCUUUCAGUUUGGGAAAUCCAUCUAGUCUAAUCUUUAAUGUUAUUUUAUCUCUCAAAUCCAUCUGAAACAAUGCAAUAGUAAUAGAAAAACUACAAACCAACUAAAUUAUAAAGAUCUAGGCCUAUUGAACUUACCACAACGGGGCAUUGAAUAUGUUUAACAAAUGUUUUAUUUAUUGCAUAAAAGACUCAAUAGCGUUCAUCCCUCUUGAUUUGAAUCCAUCAUUUCCAAAUGAACUAUGAGUUUUGUUUACCAUAUUCCACAUAGAGUCAGCAAACUGCCCACGAACCGUAGCGCAGAUUAACAAGUGUAUGCAAACGAAUUUUGAAUCUCCACUAAUGCAGUUCAAUAACCGCGUUAUUGAGUGCAUGUCCUCCUCUGCCUGGUUCCAGGUGACAUGACGGAAAAAGACAAGGUGGUGUCGUUAGGAUUUUAUGAAAAUCCCUUGUGGUCUCUUGGUUACAUCAUACCCUUUAGUAUCCCCAGCUCAUCUGGUUAUUCUACGGACACCUCGGGGUGAGACCCACGAUGACAGCCCACCCAACCUUAAUCACAUCACUACUUUUCAUUGAGGGAAUAACAGGUGGAUAGGGUGGAGUAGGAUGGUGUGGGGGGCUAGGGUGCAGGGUGUAGGGUGUGUUUCAACCCAAUCAACAUAUUACAUAUAUAUAUAAAUGGAUCAUCGAAUCUAUAGCCUAUAACAGCAAUCUCCUGGGACCCCAUAUGGAAAUCAGGGGACCCUAAGUGGGGGUCCCAACCCAAAGGUUGGGAUCCACUGCUUUGUACUGUGACCACUGUACUUUGUGGAAAGAUUCAGCCUAAAGGUACUGGGUUUGAUCCCCGAUGUGCGCAGUAUCCCUGGGGACAUCCUUGAGCAAAGAUGGCCCCCCCACUUUCCCGCUCCUAAUCACAUCUGGUAUCCCGGGUCUGUCUGAAGUGACCGUAAGCGACCUUGGUGACAAACAUCUGCUCCGAUGAGUUAGGGACACUCAGAGACAGACUUCUCCUCAGCAAUCUUCUUCUGAAAUACCCUUCAAUCACAAACUGAUAUGAGGGGUUUCAAACCCGCCAAUUUAUCCAUUGACCAUCAGUCUGAUUACCAUUCAACGUGACUGCACCCGAGGUUUCCUAACUGAUGAGUCUAGGGGGAAAAUGACCAGAAAAUGCUCAUGCUCAUGUUUGCAUAUGUUUACAUUAUGUUUACGGUAGUACAUAAAAGCCCAAUGCAGUCUUAUUGACGUUCCUCAUUGUUAAGCUGGACCUGAGCGGACCAGGAGGAACAGAGGAAAGCACGGAGUCAACAAUCGCUGGGUAGCUCUACUCUUUAGAUAGAGCUACCUUUACUUAUGUAGGUCGCUGUGGAUAAAAGCGUCUGCUAAAUGCCCUAAAUGUUAAUGUACAUUUUGAAUCUACAAUUCAGUUUCUAAUAAUUAUAAUACGUAUACACACUUAAUUUCAUUGAAUUCCCAUAACAGAGGCCCAGUCCAAUUUCAAAGACAAAGGAUGUAGGAGGUUUCAGUCUCAAAACAAUGUUACAUUGAACAUUAACCAUGGAUCAGUAAUGAACGAUGUAUAAUUUCUCUUAACUCUCCCCCCCCCCCCCCCUUAUUUUCUUAGUUUACGUUAACGUCACUCUGUGUUAUUCCUGUGAAAGGUUCAUCAUGUGAUUACCUUGCUACCCUUCUGUUAGCCUUUAGAGACUGUAAUCGUGAUGUCAUCAUUGUGAGACAGAAGCCUUGGUUCCAAUCG